AUGAAAUUCUUGGAUGAAGCUCAAAGCACUGCCGUCACUAGGCGUAAAAUUGAGGGCACCAACGACGACGGUGAUCUUGCGAAUUUGUUGCUUCAAGCUUAUGAGGGUGAUGCAGUCUCUAAAACAGAAGAAAUUAUGAGGUUCAUCGGAUGUAACUUGACAGCUUCCAAACUGCGCGAAGACUAUCCAAAAAAGGACUUGCGGAGAGUAUUCGAAAGGCUGCACUUUAUAGUAAAUGUCAAGAAGGACCUGACUGGUCAAGCCAUGAAGUCGGUCGUGCAAGAAUAUGCUGACAAGAGCCACUCUGCUUAUGAUGCUCUUGUCGUCUGCGUUCUCUCCCACGGGAUGGAACGCACUGUGCUGGGUGUAGAUGGGGAAGAAGUGCUAAUCAAGAAACUCUACAGGCCUUUCACUGCCUGUCGUACACUGACCAGCAAGCCCAAGCUGUUCUUCAUUCAGGCGUGCCAGGGUGUUGCGUAUCAAAAAGGCCAAAUAGUAGAGGAUGGACCUAAAGAGCAACUGGAUGAGCUCUUUGAGGAAGACGUUCCAAACCCAUUGCUCCAUAAGCCGUCUGUUGCUGUUGAGGCAGAUGUGUUGAUUGGAAUGUCAACAGUUGAGGAAUUUAAAUCAUUCCGUCAUACCACGUUCGGGUCCAUCUAUAUCCAGGCACUCUGCAGGGCGUUGGAAUCAGGCUGCCCAAAGAAGGAGAACUUGCUGACUAUCCUUACACGUGUGAACAAAGAAGUCAGCAUACAUGACUACAAUACCCACAAGCAGAUGCCUCAGCUCCAAAGCACACUGACCACGAAGCUGGUUUUAACUGUGGACUAG